AUGAGAAGAGUGUUGGGAAAUAGAAAAAUGGUAUGCUCGUUUCUCAGCCAAGCACCACUCUCUCUCGCAUAUCAUAAGAGCUUUACUUCCAAUUAUAAAAUCAAACCAUCGCCUCCACUCAACCACUUCUCUCCGGGUUUUCUGGCUCCUAUUUCGACCCCUGCAAUCCGAGUGUUUUGUUCGAAUCCCGGUGAAGUGGAAUCAAUGGCUUCUUCGGUUCUAAAUCAGGGUUCUAUUUCGUACCUCACACAACGAGAAGCUGCUGAGGUUGAUGAGAUUCUCAUGGGUCCUCUUGGGUUUAGUGUUGAUCAGCUUAUGGAAUUGGCUGGUUUAAGCGUUGCCACAUCUAUUGCCGAGGUUUAUAAACCGAAUGAGUAUACUCGUGUUCUUGCUAUUUGCGGUCCGGGAAACAAUGGAGGUGAUGGUCUGGUUGCUGCUCGUCAUUUGUAUCACUUUGGGUAUAAGCCUUUUGUGUGUUAUCCUAAGCGAACUCAGAAACCCCUUUACUCUGGUCUUGUUACUCAGCUGGAAUCUUUGUCAAUCCCUUUCCUGUCAGUUGAUGAGCUGCCUGUGGACUUGUCAAAGGACUUCGACAUUAUUGUAGAUGCUAUGUUCGGCUUUUCUUUUCAUGGAGCACCGAGGCCGCCUUUCGACGAUCUGAUCCAGAAGCUGGUUAACUUACAUAAUUAUGAACAAGUUCAACAAAAGUCCCCUGUUAUUGUGUCUGUAGAUAUUCCAUCCGGGUGGCAUGUCGAAGAGGGUGACGGUGGUGGUGAAGGAAUUAAACCCGACAUGUUGGUUUCUCUGACUGCUCCAAAACUAUGUGCAAAGAAAUUUUCUGGACCUCAUCACUUUCUAGGCGGUAGAUUUGUCCCGCCACCUAUUGCAGAAAAGUAUAAUCUUUGCCUUCCCCAAUAUUCUGGCACAUCUAUGUGUGUUCGAAUUGGAAAACCUCCACAACUUGACAUAUCAGCUCUCCGAGAGAAUUAUAUAUCUCCAGAGUUCCUUGAGGAGCAGGUGGAGGCUGAUCCUUUGGAUCAGUUUCACAAAUGGUUUGAUGAUGCGGUGACUGCCGGCCUAAAGGAACCAAAUGCUAUGGCAUUGUCAACCACCGGAGAAGAUGGAAAACCUUCAUCAAGAAUGGUAUUGCUAAAAGGGGUGGACAAGGGUGGUUUUGUCAGGUACACCAAUUAUGAAAGUCAGAAGGCACGUGAAUUAUCAGAAAAUCCUCAUGCAGCACUUCUUUUCUAUUGGGAUGGGCUUAACCGACAGGUUAGAGUGGAAGGAUCUGUUCAGAAAGUUUCUGAUGAGGAGUCAGAGCAAUACUUUCACAGCCGUCCUCGAGGAAGUCAAAUCGGAGCAAUAGUAAGCAAGCAGAGUACUGUAGUUCCUGGACGCCAUGUACUACACCAGCAAUACAAAGAACUAGAAGAAAAAUACUCCGAGGAGGGUUUGAUCCCGAAGCCUAAACAUUGGGGAGGGUACAGACUUCAACCAAACCGUUUCGAGUUUUGGCAAGGUCAGCCGUCCCGAUUGCAUGACAGGUUGGAAUAUUCCCCUGAAGAGAUUGAUGGAAGACGGAUUUGGAAAAUUGUUCGUUUGGCCCCCUGAGUUUGCAUCUUCAGCGUCAAGUUCACCACAGCGGUUUUCACAAAUCUUCCGAUUUACAAGUAUGUAUUCUCUGUGGCAUUCCGAGAGGUUUUACAAUAUAAAUUUUACAGCAUUGACUCGCAAAUUUCAGAAAUAUCAAAACAUAAGUUUUGAAGAUAUGGAUGAGUAGCAUGGUUCAUGAUCUCUCUUAUAUGGAGCUUAAAUCAAUGAAGGGAGGAAAAAUGAAACGCGGUUUUAGCAAAUUUGCCUUUACAUUUGUUCGUGUGCUUUGCUAUUGCUUUACC